AUGAGGCUAUGGAAGCGGAAACUUGUUGGGGAAGUCAAGUGAGGAGAACAAUGGAGAAGAUUAUGCUACAUCUGAUAAUAUUUUAGACAAAGAAGCAGUUGAUUCGAGUGAUCCUUGUGACAUCAAGGUUGGAUCAAAUAGUGGCUCCUCAAGGUAUAACACUAUAAGGAAUUUUGAGAAGGAUCAUAAUGGACAUGACAUUUCAUUGGAUCCCUCCAUUGAUACCGAUAGAAAGAAAGGUGUUUUGCAAAUGGUCUUCAUGUCAGCAGAAGCAAAGAUAAAGUGGUUAAAUUAGUAGGAAAUGAUCAAGAGCGGCCAAUCUCUCAAAUCUGUAACGGUGAAGGGUCCAAAUUCUCCAUGAGAAUGUCUGAUUGGCAAAAUGGGGAGACAGCUGAGAUUUGGAGAAAGUCACAUGCUGAUAUUGAAGGUGUGAGGUUUUCUACUUCAAACUAUCCAGAUGAAGGGAAUUCAGGUAGCUAUUCUGAUGUUUUCAUAUAAUCAUGGGGAACCGUGGAGGAAUCAAAGAGAGUUGGAUAGUGGAAACAGGGCUCAGAACCUUGAGCAAGAUCGAGCCGAGCUUCUAAGGAAACUGGAUGAAUUAAAGGAUCAGCUCAGUCAGCCUCCUGACAUGGCAAACAACCUGAAAGAAAACGUUCUUGUUGAUGAGAGGAUGGUUCCUCCAGAUCCAUAUGGUGGCUCCUCUAAUGCUUGGCUGCCACCAAGAUUGUCCGGGUUGAAUGGAACUUCAAGGCAAAUUUUUCGCCCUGAUAAUCAUUCAGUUGGUCCCUCUAAUUUCAACUAUCAUCAUGAACCAUUUACUUAUUAUGCAAAUGGUCAUCGAAUGGAUAUGCCUAACUUUCAUCCUUCGAUGCAUAAUUCAAAUUCCAUUCCUGGAUAUGGGGAUCCCUUUGCAUCCCAAAUUCGAAGGAGAAGUCCAUAUCAGUUAUCUCAUCAGAUUUCACAACAACCAUUCCAUCCCUACUAUCCCAGACAUUUUGUUGAUGCUAAUCCUGAUUUAUAUGAACCUUAUGCACGAAAUAUGAUGCUUCACCCUCCUUCUUGCUCCUGUUUCAAUUGCUAUGAGAACAGACGACGAGUUCCAGCACCAGUACCACCUAUGACACACAUCAGUAGCAGAUUCCCUGAUACUGCUGUCCCAAAUGAUCAUAUUUCACAUCGUUAUGAGGUCCCAAGGGCAUAUGGUCUGCAUGCUCAUAAUUUUACAAGCACUACUCACCCCAUUAAUUUUCGUGAAAGACAACCACAUUCAAGAUGGUAUGGUGAAUUCAACUCUGAGAUGGCUGAAUUUUUCCAAGGUCGUUUUCAGAAAGUGAUGUUAGCCAGCGGUAGUCAUCACUGCCGACCUAUAGCUGGUGGGUCCCCCUUCAUCACAUGUUUUAAUUGCUUUGAGCUAUUGCAACUGCCUAAAAAGUUGGUUAUGAUGAAAGGUUGUCAGCAGAAUGUGCGGUGUGGAGCAUGUUCCUCAGAAAUUAACCUUUCUGUGAUCAACAAGAAUCUAAUUAUUUCUCCUCAUUCAGAAAUCAAGGGAACUUCUAGAAGUGUUGAUGAUAGCUCUAAUGACUUUGUAAAUAGCUGUAAAUCACGUUCCCGUAGUCAUGUUAAGAGUAAUGGUGCUAACUUCUCAUCUGAUGAUUAUUCUGGCUAUGAUUUUCACUCAGUAGAUAAGGAACCUGUUUUGCUGGCGGCUGACCCGAGCUUGAACUCUGGCAAGUCUCAGGAGACCCCAAGUUUUCAUUCUUCAUCUGUCAAUACCUCUGAAGGAAAAAAUAGUCCUGAAGUUAUGAUUGAUCCAUGUGAGGCGAUUCAAUCCACUCAGCAACCACCUAUAGACUCUCUGUCUUCACCGCCUGCUGGUUCACCUCUUAAAGAUUAUUUUGAUUACUCUAAUAAUAACCAUGCAGUAACUCGAUUUGAGAAAGGCAAUCAAAGUAGUCGCUUAGUGCAAGAGAAGGCCAUAGUCGACAAGUUUAAAACACGACAAAAUUCUUUAAAAGAUGUAGUGCUUGCAACCGAGAUGGAUGUCCAUGAUUAUUGUAACACUGGAGUCUCUGAGGAAUCUGGUGAUGCUAGCCGAGAAAAUGAUCAACCUAAAUCUAGCAAAGGAGGUGACUCAUUCAUUGCAAACAUUAUCAAGAAAAGCUUCCGAGAUUUCUCCAGGUCUCAUGAUGAGCAAGCGAGGAGUAAUGUCACAGUAAAUGGGCAACCCAUACCAAAUUCCGUGAUUAAAAAGGCUGAAAAGCUAGCCGGACCAAUUCAACCUGGAAACUAUUGGUAUGAUUUUCGUGCUGGUUUUUGGGGUGCUAUGGGCGGGCCUUGCCUUGGAAUAAUACCUCCACAUAUAGAAGAGUUCAGUCAUCCCAUGCCAGAAAAUUGUGCAGGUGGAAGUACUGGUGUUUUUGUGAAUGGGAGGGAGCUUCAUCAAAAAGAUUUGAAUUUGCUUGCUGGUAGAGGACUUCCCACUGAUAGAGAUAGAUCUUAUAUCAUUGAAAUUUCUGGGAGAGUCCUGGAUGAGGACACAGGUGAAGAGCUUGAUUGCCUUGGCAAACUUGCACCGACAGUGGAGAAGGUGAAGCAUGGAUUUGGCAUGAAACCACCCAGAGCAGCUUCUUAAUCCUCGUGCGGACUAUAGCAUGUUUCCUGUUACAGUUUCAAGAAGGAGAAUUAUGCUCCUCUUUUUCAAUUGCAAAAUAUUAUUUGGGAUCAGGUCACAAAUUCAAUUUGGAAAUUCUGCCAGGCUACUGGAAAUUUUGUCUUAUUACUAUAUAUUUGUGUGCAUGACUUGCAUGUAGAAAAAGAUGGUCUCAGUUUUUUUAUUGAUUUUGUAGGGUACUGAAAGUUUUUGCAUCUUGAAUCUUAUUGUGAAAAGCUUUGCAAUUUAUUCCUUGAUUACUUUUUACUAGGUUAUUUGUUUAUUUUCAUCUGUAGUCAUUCAUUAAAAUUGUAAUGUUAUGUCUAUGCUUGUGACGAGGAUCACAAGAAAUUUUCUGUCAAUAUGAUAUAGUUCAAAUAUUGGCAAAAUUUCAAUUUAUUAUGAUUGUCAUGGUAUGAAAUUUUUCCUUUUCCUUUUGUUUCAAUUUUGUCGGAAAAGUA